AUGGCAUGGGAACAGCAGAGUGGAGGGCAGCGAAGAGCCCUGCCUACUACAAGCGUGGCGACUAUGUGCCUGGAUUGAAGGUUGAUGGAAUGGAUGUUCUUGCUGUGAAGCAAGCAUGCAAAUUCGCAAAGGAGCAUGCUGUUGCCAAUGGCCCAAUUGUCCUGGAGAUGGAUACCUACAGGUACCAUGGCCACUCUAUGUCAGAUCCAGGAAGCACUUACCGCACCAGGGAUGAGAUUUCUGGUGUCAGACAGGAACGUGAUCCAAUUGAGAGGGUUAGAAAGUUGAUCUUGGCUCAUGACCUGGCAACUCCUGCUGAGCUCAAGGAUAUGGAGAAAGAAAUCAGGAAACAAGUCGAUGACGCCAUUGCUAAAGCAAAGGAAAGUUCUAUGCCCGGUACCUUUGAGCUCUUCACAAAUGUUUAUAAGAAGGGCUUCGGCGUGGAAUCAUUCGGACCAGACAGGAAGGAGUUGAGAGCUUCCCUUCCAUAAGCUGGAAACGAUACUGUCAUUCCUUGCAAACAUGAUAUAGGCAGGAGAAAUAAUAUUGACGAAGAAGACCUCAGGCAUUGCUCGAAUUUUUCGUUGGGAAAGGAACCUGUAUAGAGAUGCGUUGUCAGGAGGAUCAGCUUCUUUGUUUUGCUUCAUUUUUCCUUUUCUACAAUUCAGUUUAACUGCUGUUGGCUGGCUUCUUAUUGAUUGAAGCUAGAAAAUUGGCCGGCAAAUUGGUCCGCUCCAAGGAAACUCAGGUUGCGAUAUAAAUUUGCUCACGACUAUUGUCCUAACGCUUCAGAUUUA